AUGACAUUAUCUUCCUGCAUUUGUUCCCCGACUUCUGGCGUGUUCGCCGCGCGCUACAUCAGCCGGGAGCACCCCAGUGCCCAGCGGGUCUACGUCAUAGGCGGCCAGGGCCUCGUGGACGAGCUCCGCCGCGUGGGCAUCGAAUCCUCCGGCGGGCCAGCGGAGGACGCCGAGACCUUCGAGGACACGAGGCUGGCGGCGCUUGCGGCCACCGUGGCCGCGGAGCACUACGACGGCGUCGUCGUCGGCUGGGACACCGCCCUGAACUACGGAUUGCCAAACUUGAAUUUGUUGGUGGCGCGAUUUGCGCGCGGAUCGCGCGGCAUGACGCGGGCGUGGGCACCUGUUGCGCGUGCCCUGCGUACCCCGUGA